AUGCCAGCCUCAAAGUCUCCCGAGUUUGAACCUCACAAAAGUGAUCAAACCUUGCUGCAACGCGAUCUUUCCCAAAAGCAAGCUAACAUUUCAAGUAAAAGAGAAGAAGCGAAUUCAGUUCUUACUUCUCGUGGUAAUUCAAAAACAAUGUUUGGCUCUUCUGAUAGUUAUCGCGGGAGUACAAAACAAGAAUUAAUUGACGAAGAUAGCCUCAAGGAAAUGGGUUAUGAGAAUGAUAUCAAGAUAGAGCCUCAAGGCUUGUUAAACACGAAAGAUACUUGGAACGUAACAUUACUCGUUAUUCUCUAUCUUCUCCAAGGGGUGCCAGUUGGGUUAGCAUUUGGUUCAAUUCCUUUUCUCCUCAAAUCUAAAGUGUCUUACAGUGAACUUGGUAUAUUUUCUCUGGCAACUUAUCCAUAUUCUUUAAAGUUGUUAUGGUCUCCAAUAGUGGAUGCAACUUUCUCUAAAAAAAUUGGACGUAGGAAAAGUUGGAUCAUUCCAAUUCAAUUAUUGAUGGGAACGGUAUUUUUUUGGUUGGGAAAUAAUAUCGACGAUAUGUUGAUGAGCGAAAAUCCUAAUGUAUAUAUUAUUACGUUAAUUUUUUUCUUAUUAAUAUUUUUUUCGGCGACGCAAGAUAUAGCUGUGGACGGCUGGGCGCUCACUUUGCUAUCAAAAAAUAAUCUUUCAUAUGCUUCAACAGCACAGACAAUUGGAUUAAAUACCGGCUAUUUUUUGUCAUUUACUGUUUUUUUAGCCUUUAACUCGGCAGAGUUUAGUAAUAAAUAUUUUCGGGAUGUACCUUCCGAAUAUGGAAUCCUAUCUAUGAGAACUUAUUUAAAUUUUUGGUCAUUUAUGUAUUUCGCUAUAACUGCUUAUUUAAUUUUUGGGAAAUCAGAAGAAAAUGUGCAAUCGCGCGAAGAUGAGAUGGAUAUAAAAACGACUUAUCAAACGAUAUGGAAUAUUUGCAAAAUGCCACAUAUGCGUAAAUUUAUUUUAGUGCUGCUUUUAUCAAAAAUUGGAUUUAUUGCCAAUGAAGCGGUGACUGCUUUGAAACUACUUGAAAAAGGAUUCAGCAAAGAAGACUUAGCAUUAUCAGUAAUGGUUGAUUUUCCUUUUCAAAUAAUAUUUGGUUAUUAUGCUGCAAAAUGGAGCAGUGGACCGGAGCCUCUAAAGCCAUGGCUUUACGCUUUUUAUGGACGUUUACUUUUCGCGGUAGUUGGCAUGCUUGCUGUAAUCGCAUUUCCGGUUGAUGGUGUUUCUACCAGUUAUUUCGCACUAAUCAUUACUACUACUGUGCUGAGUUCAUUUACUGGCACGGUACAAUUCGUCAGUAUUUCAGCUUUUUUUACAACUAUUGCAGAUCCAGUAAUCGGAGGAACGUACAUGACGCUUUUGGCUACCUUUAGCAAUUUUGGUGGCACCUGGCCUCGAUUUUUUGUCCUGGAAGCUGUUGAUAAAUUUACUGAUGCCACUUGCUCUGUCAAAAAUAGUCUUGGGGAAGUUGUCGAUUGUGCAUCGGAACAUGGUAAAAAUAUUUGCACCGAGUUAAAUGGACAAUGUAAUAUUCAUCAGGAUGGAUAUUAUGUUGUUUCGGUGGCAACUGUAACGUUAGGUACCAUAUUAUUAUUCACUUUUAUACGCCCUCAAAUCAAAGUCCUUCAGCAAUUAUCUCCCUUGAAGUGGAGCCUGAAAAAUGUUGGUGGACGUAGCGAUUAG